CGUCGCGCCGGCCUAAUACAAGCGGAAGGUAGUAUAUCUCCCCUGUUCGUCCCGGACAGAUAUAACAAAAAAGACUUUUUCCGUUCGCGUCGCCGACAUGUCGCGCCUGUGAGGUCGGAAAGGGGACCGCCAUGCCGCGGCCCAGCCGCGAGUCGUACGGCGACCAGAAGCCGCCCUACUCGUACAUCUCGCUCACGGCCAUGGCCAUCUGGAGCUCGCCGGAGAAGAUGCUGCCGCUGUCCGACAUCUACCGCUUCAUCACGGACCGCUUCCCCUACUACCGCCGCAACACGCAGCGCUGGCAGAACUCGCUCAGGCACAACCUGUCCUUCAACGACUGCUUCGUGAAGAUCCCGCGCCGGCCCGACCGCCCGGGCAAGGGCGCCUACUGGGCGCUGCACCCCGCCGCGCUCGACAUGUUCGAGAACGGCAGCCUGCUGCGGCGCCGCAAGCGCUUCAAGCUGCUCAAGACCGACAAGGACCGGCUGGAGAACGAGCUGGCCGCCUUGGCCAACAUCAACCGCUUCAUGUUCGCGCCGCCCCCGGCGCAGGAGCCCGCCCCGCCGCCCCCGCCCCCGCCGCCACCGGUGGCGGCCUCGUCCCUGCCGCCGCCCGUGCGCCCCAAGCGCGCCUUCACCAUCGAGUCGCUCAUCUCGCCCGACAAGCCCGCAGAGGAGCAGCCGCCCCCGCAGCCGCCGCCGCUGCUGUACGCCCCCGCGCCCUGCUACCUGCCCGCCCCCCCGGGCUACGUGCACCCCUCCCUCGUCAUGGGGCUGGUGCACCCGGCGCUGUACCCGCCGCCCCCCGCCGCCUCCGUGUUCCGCUUCAGCCCCACGCUGCGGUCCGUCUGA